GACUCUACUAGUCAAAUGCCGAACGCCCAGUCGUGGAAAUGCAAGAUGGCGCAGGCUAUAUUUGAGGUGCUCGAAGGCAUGGACAAUCAGACAGUCCUGGCGGUCCAGUCAUUGCUGGAUGGUCAAGGGGGUGUUCCUGACCCAAAUAACCAAAACGUCUCUGGGACGCCAGCUAUCCAGUCCAUGGAUGACGAAGAUGUAUUCUUGUGCGGAAAAUGUAAGAAGCAAUUUAAUUCCCUGCCAGCCUUCAUGGCACACAAACGUGAGCAGUGCGGGUCGAAUGCCCCUUCCUUGUCGACUGUGUCCUUGGCCUCCACCAAUGCCUACACAUCGGUUCCUUCCAUCACAUCAGGACCUAAUGCCAACAGGCAGGUGUCCACCUACAUCGCAGUGCCACCCUCCCCUCUAACACACACGCUGGUUCAAGGCAACGUGCUGGUCAGUGAUGACAUUCUUAUGUCUGCCAUCUCAGCUUUCACCUCCAUUGACCAGCCAAUGACUGCUAUGCAGACACCCAUACAGAGUAACCCAGGCAUGCAUACAACUGGCGUAUCAUACCUUCAGCACCACCACCCUCACCAUCCCCAACAUCAGCCCACUCACACACUUCCUCAGAGCCAGACGCCAGCCCACCCGCUGCCAGCAGGACAACCUGGCCAGCAGCCUCUUGUAUCUUCACACGUCCCCACCAGCCAUGGCAACUCAGUAGUUCAGGUCUACAGCACACUGCCCCACAUGGUCGGUGGCGGUAAUGCAGAGAUUCACCCGCUGGGUCUGCAUCCAUUCCAUCCUGUACAAGUGCCCAGCCAGUGUGAGGAGAGUCAGUCUUUCACCACGCCUCCUGUCUACAGUCCGGGAAAGCUGGGCAUCAAAACCAAGACGUGUAGCAUUACCACCAACAUAGCUGAGCUGGGCGAGUUUGAAAAACUCAUUGGCCCAAAACGGCCUCGAAGUAGCAAAAAAGGCUCAGAUGGAGUCAUAGGUAUAGUCGCUGAAAUCCAAGGCCCAAAGCUGAAGUGUAAUUUCUGCGACAAAAUCUUCUCCAAAAAUUUUGAUCUUCAGCAGCACAUUAGGAGUCAUACAGGAGAGAAACCAUUUCAGUGCAUCGUGUGCGGCCGAGCCUUUGCCCAAAAGUCCAAUGUGAAGAAACACAUGCAGACACACAAGGUGUGGCCUAUGGGUGUGGCCAGCACAGUGUCAAGGCUGCCUAUCACCGUAAAGGUGGUGCCGGUGGCAGCCAACGAGGAGGAGGAGGAGGAGGAGGAGGAAGCCGGUGGGGACCAGCAGCGGCAAUGUGAACUGGAGGAGGCGGACACCCAAAACCAGAUGUCUCAGGAAGACGACGCAGCCACAAUGGGGGAAGCAGAAGACAAUCGUGCCAGAGGCCCAGGCUGCCUGGAGGCCGCUUGUGGAGACUCUGUGCCCUCUCAGCCUCAGAAUCAAGACGGUCCAGGUCAGACCAAACAGAUUGUGGUGGUCGACAUCUACCAGUGCCAGUUCUGCUCGAAUAAGUUCAAGACCUACUUCCAGCUGAAACCCCACAUGACCCAACACAAGGGGGAGCAGGUUUACAAAUGUGUGCUCAAGUCCUGCUCCCAGACCUUCCAGAAAAUGGAUCAGUUCUUGGAGCACAUCAGGACUCACCAGGAGCUGACCUACCGCUGUCACCUCUGCAGCAAGGAGUUCCCCUCUUUGUUUGAACUGGGAGUCCACCAGUACUCCCACUGCUUCAGCCCACAGCAGAACCCACGCAAGGAAACCACAUUCUACAGGUGUGUGAAAUGUCAAAGCAGAUAUUCCACCCAAGAAGCUCUAGAGCAACACCUUCUGACCGCUACACACAACUUUCCAUGCCCACACUGUCAAAAGGUGUUCCCGUGCGAAAGGUACUUCAGACGCCACCUCCCCACUCAUGGGGUUGGAGGGAGGUUCAAGUGUCACAUCUGCAAGAAAGUCUUCAAGACAGAACACUACCUCAAACUUCACACAAGGAUUCACUCAGGGGAAAAGCCAUAUAAAUGCUCCGUGUGUGAAGCCACUUUCAACAGGAAAGACAAAGUCAAGCGCCACAUGCUCAUUCAUGAACCCUUCAAAAAAUACAAGUGUCCUUUCAGGACUCAUGUAGGCUGCACCAAAGAAUUCAACAGACCGGAUAAGCUAAAGGCACAUAUUCUUUCACAUUCAGGCAUCAAGCCCUUCAAGUGUCUGUUCUGUCAGAAGGCGUUCAGUCGCAGGGCUCACAUGCUCGAGCACCAGCAGUCGCACACUGACAAUUAUCGCUUCCGGUGCUCCGCCUGCAACAAAGGCUUCUCCAGACAGAGUUACUAUAGAGAUCACAAAUGUUCAGGAGCUGGGAACGGAAAGAGACACGACAGCGAGAGCGCAGAGGAAGAUGUGGAGCUGGACAGAGGGAACGAGCAAGUUGGGAGUAGCUGUGACCGUCUUACAAGGAGGUUAAGGACCAGCAGACAUGAGUCGAGGGAAGGUGACAACCCGGAAGAGGUGGGAACCGACGCAGAUGAGGGAGAACAGAACUCAACAAAUGAAGGCGGUCAAGCUACAUCGGCUGUGGCCGCCAGUGAAGUUGACGGACUUGAAGGGGAUGCAUCACAGUAGAGAACUCAUGAACUCAUUGAAUGCUAUGUUUGUGGAUUUAAGGAUGAAUGAGUAAAUGUUCAUGGAUGUGCAAUAAGUAUUUUGUUUUAUAUUAAAACAUGAUUAAACAUAAACUUA